AUGGAAUCUUUUCAGGCCAAUAUAGUCGAGCUUACCCCCUCCGUCGCCCAACUUCUUGAUCCAUCCAGUGUCCCUAGCCUUGAAUUGCUGGUGUUUGGUGGGGAAGCGCUACGAGAUAACGACGUAAAGGCUUGGUGGGGAAAAGUUCGCCUUUCUAAUACCUAUGGGCCCAGCGAGUGUACUCCGACCGCCACGUUCAACAUAGAUACUCCUCAGAUUCAGGAUGCAACCCAAAUUGGUAAAGGGGUCGGGGUUGUUACCUGGGUGGUAGAUCCGAACAACCAUAAUGCCCUUCAAGCCCCAGGGUUUGUUGGUGAACUAUUGCUAGAGGGACCUGUCGUAGGCCAAGGGUACCUGAAUGAUGAGGCAAAGACAGCUCAAGCCUUCAUCGAGGAUCCUGCUUGGUUAUUACAGGGGUCAGCUACCCGACCGGGGCGCCACGGGCGCUUGUACAAGACAGGAGAUCUCGUUUAUUACAGCCAAGGAGGUAACUUGACUUUUGUUGGUCGUAAGGAUAACCAAGUUAAAAUUCGUGGACAGAGAGUGGAGCUAAGUGAAGUAGAGCACUGGGUUCACACAUGUAAAGUCGGCAAUGCGAAGCAGGCCGUAGCCGAAGUUCUUGUCCCAGAGGGAUCAAAUUCUGGACCAAUCAUAGCAGCCUUCUGUCAGGUAGAUGGUAGCGACAGCAUGGGCUCUGAGUCGCACUUUGGAUCUUCGCUACUUUCUAUCUCCAAGGACGUGAGCGAUAAAUUAGCUUCAUCUCUACCUAGCUACAUGAUUCCGAGUGUCUUUUUCUCUAUAUCUGAGCUUCCCAUGACCCCUACCGGCAAGCUGGACCGAAUGCGUCUGCGUCUUAUAGGAGAGUCAUUCUCAUCUCAGGAGAUUUCCAAAUGGAAAACAGCGGAGAGCGGUCCGAAGAGGCAGCCAACGUCUGAAUUAGAACGCCAGCUGCAAAGAAUAUGGGCUCAAGUGCUUAGCGUCGACGCCGAGACUAUUGGGCUAGACGACAGUUUCUUCCAGCUUGGAGGUGACUCGCUCGCUGCCAUGAAGGUUGCAGCACAAGCUAGAAAGGUUGGCAUUGAGCUUGCAGCAGCCGAUAUUUUCGAGCAUCGCCAGUUAAGCCUCAUUGCUGGUAAAUGUAACUUUUCGGCCGAGGUUUUGUCAAAGGGGAUACCUAGAACACAACGCGUUGGUCCUGUUCCCCAAUCAUUCGCCCAGGAGCGUUUGUAUUUUCUCGAACAGCUACAUCCUAGCCUCACAUGGUACCAUAUGUUGUAUUCGAUAAGACUCCAGGGGCACUUGAAAAUUGAUGCCCUUGCCACUUCACUUCUAGCUCUGGAACGCCGUCAUGACACACUCCGAACAACCUUUGCCUCAGAAAAUGGCAUUAACCUACAAUCCGUCAGGCCGUUCGAACAACAUGACUUUGAAGUAAUUGAUGUGUCGCCAAACAAAGAAGAUGAGUUCCAGGAGAGGCUGAAAAAGCGCCAAAUGACCCCUUUUAAACUUGAGACGGAGCCUGGCUGGAGAGUCUGUAUCUUUAAGCUAAGCACAGAUCUACACGUUCUUUCUAUCGUAAUGCAUCAUAUUAUUGCCGAUGGCUGGUCUAUUGAUGUCCUUCGCACUGAAAUAGCUGCUUUCUACGCGGCAGCUCUUCAUGGGAAGGAUCCGCUCUCUCAGGUAGAUCCUCUCCCGAUUCAAUAUCGAGAUUAUUCAGUAUGGCAACGCGAAAAUAGUCAACAGGUCAGCCAGCAUCAGAGACAGCUAGAUUACUGGGUCACACAGUUGCAAACAAGCAGACCGGCAGAAAUGCUGUAUGACAAGCCUAGGCCAGACACACUCUCUGGAAAGGCUGGUGUUGAGCAUAUCAGGAUAGAAGGCUCCCUAUAUUCUGCCCUUACAAAGUUCUGCAACGAACGUCACGUCACACCAUUCAUAUCUCUCCUAGCCGCCUUCCGGGCCACCCAUUUCCGCCUUACUGAUCAAAGGGAUGCGACAGUUGGUUGUCCAAAUGCUAAUCGUGACCGCUGGGAGCAACGCGAUAUCCUAGGGUUCUUUGUCAAUAUGCAAUGCUUCCGUAUCAAGAUCCAGGAUCACUCUUUUGAAGACUUAGUCAAUCAGGUUCAGCAAGUAGCUACGGCCUCCAUGGCGAACCAGGAUGUCCCUUUCGAAAAAGUUGUAGCUAAGCUUGGCAAGGAUAGGGAACUAUCUCGGAACCCUCUAGUACAGAUGAUAUUCGUUGUUCAUUCCCAAUUGAAUUUGAACCGCUUUACUCUGGAAGGGCUAGAGGCCGAGACGAUACCUGCUCCGCCCGCGUCUCGCUUUGAUCUCGAGUUCCAUCUUUACCAAGAAGAUGAAGCACUCAGUGGAGGCAUUGUCUAUUCAACAGAGCUCUAUAACGCCGAGACUAUCAGAAAUUUGCUAUUAAUUUUCAAGCAUAUGCUUGGAGAGUGUCUUUCUGACCCUAGCAUGGCAAUUCAGUCAGUACCCCUUUUGACGAAGGCCGCCCACACAGCACUAGAUCAACGAGACCUUGUCAAGACCCACCAAACAGAAUAUCCUAGGGACUCCGAUAUUGUUAGCGUCUUCCGCCGACAAGCUCUAGCCAAUCCUGAGCGCGUUGCUGUCAAGGACCCUGAGCUCAAAUUGACAUAUUCUCAACUAGAUCAAAAGUCAGAUAUUCUUGCUCAAUGGCUCUCGCAAAGAUCGCUUGCUGAGGAAAGCCUUGUUGGUGUAUUUGCCAGUCGAUCCUGUCACACGAUUAUCGCCAUCCUAGGUAUUCUCAAGGCUAGGCUAGCAUAUUUACCAUUCGACAUCAAGAUUCCACCAGGUCGGAUGCAAGCUAUUCUGGAAUCAGUGCCUAACUGCAAGCUAGUACUCUGCGGUGUAGAUACGCCCGCUAUCGAUGGCCUUGAUAAUGUUGAGUUGGUUCCCAUCAAAGAAGCGCUAGCGCCGCAUAGUCGAGCUCACGAGACCAUCCUCCAACAUCCUUCACCAUCCAGUCUCGCCUAUGUCAUGUUUACGUCGGGGUCGACUGGCCAGCCAAAAGGUGUUCCGGAGCAUGGAAUCAUAGGCCACAUAUCAAAUGUUGCUUUCGAUGCUUCGACAUGGGAGAUCUACACAGCCCUACUCAAUGGUAGCACUCUUAUUUGCAUUGAUACUGAUACACUCUUAGACUACACGGCUGUAUCAAGGGUAUUCUCACAAGAGGCAAUUCAGGCAAUAUUCAUCACGCCGGCUUUGCUGAAGCAAUACCUCUCUCAAUGUCCGAACAUUGUUCGAAGACUUCGUGUACUCAUGGUUGGAGGGGACCGUCUUGAUCCCGAGGAUAUCCAUAAAGCGCAGAAUUAUAUGAAAAAUGGCAAAAUUAUCAAUGGUUAUGGACCAACGGAGAACACAACCUUUAGCACAACCUAUUGUGUUCAUGAUGGAGAAAUCUUCACCAAUGGCGUCCCUAUAGGCCAAGCGUUUGAUAACUCGGGAGCAUACGUCAUGGAUCAUCUGCAACGUCUAGUGCCAAUAGGGGUCAUCGGCGAGCUAGUCGUAACAGGAGAUGGCCUAGCCCGCGGAUAUACUGAUCCUCAGCGGAACGUAGAUCGGUUCAUUACUAUUACUGUUGACGGACAGACUGUUCGCGCCUAUCGAACUGGAGACUACGUGCGCCACCGUCUGAGCGACGGCAAACUGGAGUUCUAUGGACGAAUUGAUGGCCAGACUAAAAUCCGCGGCCAGCGCAUUGAAGUAGGAGAAAUUGAACACUGCUUGCGCCGGCACCCCUCUGUCCAUGAUGCAGUGGCUGUCAUACAAGAGAAUUCUAAACAUGAAGCGCAUAUCGCGAGCUUCAUUACAAUUCGCGUAGAUGAAGGAGGCAGCGGAGAUAAAAUUGAAGAGAGUACUGGGGAUGUCGUCGAGUCUAAGCAUGUUGGGGUGUGGGAGGACCGUUUCAACGACGAAACCUAUGCUCCCAUGGACAACAUACAAGGCGAAUCCCUUGGGAGAGAUUUCGUGGGCUGGACCUCCAUGUACGAUGGAAGCGACAUUGACAAAAGGGAGAUGAACGAAUGGCUGGAUGAAACUAUAGGCGCCUUACUCAACGGCCGGGCACCUGGUGAUGUGCUUGAAAUAGGGACAGGCUCUGGUAUGAUCCUCUUCAACUUAGGUCAAGGGCUCCGAAGCUAUGUUGGAUUGGAUCCAUCUCAGCGGGCUGUCGAUUUUGUCGCCAAUGCUUCUAGGUCCAUACCCGGAUUGGCAGGGAAGAUUCGCAUGUUUAAAGCCACUGCCGCAGAGCUCGGUCAGCUGAAAGGGCCUAUAUCCCCUAACCUAGUCGUUAUCAACUCAGUCGCCCAAUAUUUCCCAAGCCAAGAAUAUCUCUUCAAAAUGGUAGAAGAUGUCUUGAGACUAGAUAGUGUCGAGACUAUCUUUUUUGGAGAUAUGCGGUCCCACGCUUUAUACCAAGAAUUCUUAGCCAGUAGAGCCUUGUUCAUGCUUGGAAAUGAUGCUCGCGCGGAUGAUGUUAAACGGAUGAUGGCCAAGAUGGAAGAGAUUGAACUGGAAUUCCUCGUGGAGCCAGCAUUCUUCACAGCCAUGAAAGACCGACUGCCAGAAUUGAUAGAGCACGUGGAGAUUCUUCCCAAGAGAAUGAAAGCAACUAACGAACUCAGCUGCUAUAGAUAUGCUGCAGUGGUCCAUGCCAAGCCUCGAGGGAAACAUACUAGCCAGCUCAUCCAUGAGAUUCCUAAGGAUAGUUGGAGGGAUUUUAUGAGUAUGGAUCUAGACCAGGUGUCAUUGACCGAUCUCUUACAACGUCACUCAAGUGAAGAAGUCAUUGCCGUUGGCAACAUCCCUUAUAGCAAAACUAUAUUUGAGAGAUAUCUUGUCGACUCGGUCAGCGGUGGCAAAAAAUCGAGGAUUGAUGGCGCAGACUGGCUACAGGAUGUGCGUCAGAAAGCCAAGGCCUGUCCCACAUUAUCGUCCGUUGAUUUACUCGACGUCGCUCAGAAGGCAGGGUACCGAGUCGAAAUCAGCUGGGCGCGGCAAUACUCUCAACGCGGCGGUAUCGAUGCAGUAUUCCACCGCUAUCAGCCUGAAAAUGGGAAGCGCGUCAUGUUCCAAUUCCCUACGGAUCACACCGGCCGGCGAUUGCAGGCAAUGAGUAGCAAGCCCCUUAAGCAACAGAUGUCUGAGACUAUACAACGAGAACUCCAGGACUUGCUGCAAGCUCAUUUACCAUCGUACAUGGUUCCUCGCCUAAUAACUAUCCUAGAUGAAAUACCAAUCAACGAAAAUGGUAAAGUCGAUCGCAAGGCUCUCUCAAAUAAGCGACAAAUGGACACAUUCCGAGGCCCAGUGCGACAACCUACCACAGAAUCGGAACGUCAAAUCCAGGCUAUUUGGGCCGAGGUCCUAAACGUCGAACUGACUACGAUUGGAGUAGAUGACAGUUUCUUCCAACUUGGAGGUAACUCUAUUGCUGCAAUGAAGGUCGUUGCUGAGGCGCGUGAUGUAGGCCUGCAAAUGGUUGUGGCGGACAUCUUCCGCUGCCCCCGGCUCUACCAACUGGCGGAGCAGGCCUCAGAAUUACGAGAUGCCGAUGACUCUCUUGUAUCCAUGUCUCAAAUAGAAAAGGCCGGGCCUAUUGAGCAGUCCUUUUCCCAACAACAACUGUGGUUUCUAGAGCAGUUGUAUCCUGGUUUGACCUGGUAUCUCAUGCCCCGCGCACUGCGUAUUCGGGGACCUCUUCAACUUGAUUCGCUUAAAGCAGCUCUUCUCGCCGUCGAGAGUCGCCACGAGACUCUCCGGACGACCUUUGCAACAACUGACGACAAUGUCAGCAUUCAAGAGGUACAUCCUAUGAAGUCAAAAGAUCUAAGGAUAGUGGAUAUUCAACCAGGAGAAAAGGGGAACCUCGACAAGGUAUUAGAGAUCGACCAUAAUACGCCAUUCGAUCUUACCAAAGAGCCUGGAUGGAGGGUGACAGUAUUUCGGCUAAGCAGAGAGGAGCAUAUCCUAUCAAUCGUCAUGCAUCACAUCAUAUCUGAUGGUUGGUCCGUUGAUGUGCUUUGCAAAGAACUUGCAGCUUGCUAUUCUGCUUCGGUACGCGGCCAUGAUCCCCUAUCUCAAUUAAGCCCUCUACCAAUUCAAUACAAGGACUAUUCUGUCUGGCAAAGACGUCGACAGCAAGAGAACAAGGGUAAACAACUCCAGUAUUGGGUUAAGCAACUUGAGACAAGUCGACCAGCUGAGCUUCUCUGUGACAAGGUCCGACCCGCCACUUUGUCGGGACAUGCAAGGACGGAAAGAUUCAAGAUUGAAGGGAGACUUUAUGAUAGGUUGCAAAGCCUUUGCGCCAAGUACGACGCGACGCCGUAUAUCAUACUUCUUACGGUGUUUAGACUGACACACUAUUAUCUAACCGGUCAAACUGAUGCUACUAUUGGCACACCGUUUGCCAAUCGAGAUCAAUAUGAGGUUAAAGACCUUAUUGGCUUUUUUGUCAACAUGCAGUGCUUCCGCAUUAUGAUUGAAGACGACGACACGUUUGAAGGCUUGAUCCACCAGGUUCGGUCGGUAGUAACAGGAGGCCUCGAAAACAAAGAUGUCCCCUUUAUGAGCAUCAUAUCUGAGCUUCAGAAGCCUCGAGACUUGUCGCGACAUCCGCUAGUCCAGUUACUCUUUGCAGUCCAUUCGCAGCUUGACCUAGGGAUACUUGAGCUCGAGGGCGUCGACAUUGAAAUUCUAGAGGGCGAAACUACUUCAAUGUGCGACAUUGAGUUUCACAUUUACCAGGAGCAAAACGGCCUUCGGGGUGAAGUUGUAUACUCGACAGAUCUGUUCGUUCGUGAAUCAAUUUCCAACAUGAUCUCCGUAUUUCAGAAUCUUCUUGAGAAAGGCCUUGGAAACCCAGAAACUCCCCUAACAGACAUGCCGUACCUGACCGACGAAGACUACAGCAAUCUUGAGGACAUGGGUCUAUUCGAACCACACCGUACUGCCUACCCCCGAGAAUCUAGCAUAACGGAUAUUUUCAAGAACCAAGUCGCAGAAUGUUCUUCCAAGGUAGCAGUCCGAGAUUCUGCAGCAGAAUUAACGUAUUCACAGCUAGAUACGCUUUCUGACAAGUUGGCUGCAUGGCUGUCUACGCAUUCACUUGAGCCUGAGUCGAUGGUUGGCGUGUUUGCAAGCAGGAGCUGUCAAACGAUCGUUGCAUUCUUGGGUAUUCUAAAAGCCGGACUUGCCUACGUGCCCUUCGAUGUCAAUACACCUAAGGGUCGUGUCGAAUCUAUCCUUUCGUCGAUACCUGGACGUACUAUUGUUCUCAUGGGCGAGAACACUCAGCUGCCAUCAAUUCGGCUCCAGAAUGUCAAAUUCGCGGCAAUUACAGAUGUUCUUAAUGGGCACCUACAAAGUGGCACAGCUAUAAAAUCUAAAUCCCGGUAUCACGCACCUUCAGCUACGAGUCUUGCCUACGUAAUGUUCACGUCAGGCUCAACGGGUAAACCGAAAGGUGUCAUGGUACCUCAUCGAGGUAUAGUCCGACUGGUCAAGGAGAGCAAUAUGGCCAAGUACCUAUCUCCCACGGGAGCCAAGGUCAUCAACGCAUACGGGCCCACGGAGAACUCUGUAAUUAGUACUUUGUAUUGUCUGACUGAGGAUGACGAGGCUUUCCCCAACGGAGUGCCUAUCGGGAGAUCAAUUAGCAAUUCGGGAGCUUACGUACUAGAUUCUCAACAGCGUCUCGUACCUUUGGGCGUAGUUGGGGAACUUGUUGUGACCGGCGAUGGUCUAGCAAGAGGUUACACCGAUCCUCAGCGCAAUGUCGAUCGCUUCAUCAAAAUUUCCAUCAACGGAAUAGAGAUGGAGGCUUAUCGCACCGGCGAUUAUGUUCGGGCAAGGCCAACCGACGGGUUGCUGGAAUACUUUGGGCGGAUUGAUGGUCAGGUCAAAAUCAGAGGAUACCGCGUGGAGCUGGGCGAGAUUGAGCACACUCUACGUGAUCACGACUUGGUAGAUGAGGCAGUCGUGGUGCUACAACAAGGGGCUAAUGGCGAGGUGCGCCUUGUUGGUUUCAUCACAGUGUCCUCCAAAGCGACCAAGGGGUUCGAUAAAAACACGGGAAUCGACAUCAUGCAAAAUAUUGAAGAGAAACUCUCCAGCAAGCUACGAGCAAAUCUACCCCCAUAUAUGGUACCGCAAUUAAUAACCGUCUUGGAGAGACUGCCCAUCAAUGACAACGGCAAAGUCGACCGUCAGGCAUUGACGAAUAUGUCUGCAACCCCGUCAGGAAAUGGAAAAACAGAUUCACGAUCACCAACUUCAGAAAUAGAGAAGCAGCUGCAGGGGAUUUGGGCGCGGGUGCUCCAACGAGAUGAAAAGACAAUUGGACUUGACGAUAGCUUCUUCCAACUCGGAGGCAACUCAAUCACUGCGAUGAAGGUCGUUGCCGAGGCACGCAAGAUCGGCAUCCGACUCGCAGUAGCUGACAUCUUUCUCCGUGAGACGUUGGAAGAUCUAGCCGCAUGCAAACGAGAAGCGGAUGAUAAAAAAGCCACUGAAGAGCUCACGGCUGGUGGUCUUAUUGAUAGUAAAGUCAAAGCCAAACUACUACAUGAGGCCGAUUCAGUUGAGGGUAGUCUACAUGCGCGGAACAUCGAAGAUGUCCUGCCCCUCACCAGCUUCCAGGAGAAAUGCGUCGUUGAAGGGAUAAGCAGCGGCCAGUUCUGCAACUACUUCUACCUUGACCUCGGAGACCAUCUGGAUAUUGAGCGUUUUGAGAGGAGCUGCGAGACGGCCAUUGAGAAGCUUCCUAUCCUCCGUGCGUGCUUCUUAAAGCUCAUGGGGUCGUUUUGGAGAGUCACUCUUCGUAUAUUAGAUCGGCCUCUGCGCAUCGUCAAGGUUGAAGAAGACCUAGACACGUCAUUUAAGACUUUCUGUCUACAGGACAUUCCGGCAUGCUCACACAUCCAACCGGCUCUUGCUCUUGUUCUCCUCCGUCAUAAAUCUCAAGGUCUUCGGCUCAUUAUUCGCAUGUCCCACGGCCAGUACGACGGCCUUAGUUUACCCCUAAUUGUCGAGGCGCUUUUCGCGCAAUACCAAAACAAGCCAACUGCAGAGGGCCCAAGCUUCUCAAAAUUCCUGUCAUAUUCAUCAGCCAAGCGCCAACAGUCAUCCCAGUACUGGAAGAACCUCUUAGAAGGAUCGGAUCUCACAACCCUCAAGCAUGUCCAGCCUAGCCUCCUUGCGCCGUGUCUUCAAGACCCUCGACCCAGGGGCAUCCAAGUUUCAGCAGACACCAAGCCGUUGAAGCUGUCUGGAAAGACUACCCACGCAACCCUUGCCAGUGCGGCGUGGGCAUUGCUCCUCUCUUGCAUAACAGGCAACGAUGACGUGGUCUACGGCCACUUGAUUUCCGGUCGCAACUCUGCCAUUGAUAGCAUAGAGCAGAUGAUAGGCACAUUCGUCAACAUUAUCCCAGUCCGCGUCAAGCUGCCUACCGCCUCGACUUCAAAAGACUUGCUCCGCUACGUUCAAGAUCAAUUUAUCAGGCUUGGAGAGGCAGACUCUCUUGGGUUCAAGGAUAUCAUGAGAAACUGCACCAACUGGAAGGAUAGCAAAGACUUCGACUUCGUGAUUCAACACCAAAACGUGGACGAAAAUCCAGGCUUCCAAGUUGCCGGAGUCGAGACCGAGUUACAAUACUUCCUAACCCUGAUCGCUUGCCGCCUUGGAAGGUGUUCAUGGUGUCAUAUCCACAGGGCAGCAAGCUUCAUGUCAAGCUAUCUACCAAUAACCACGUGA